GAGAAGAGGUGUUAGUAUUGUUUGUGGCUUUCGUGUUGCGUGCGUGGACUAGGAUUCUUAUCGGGAUUACACUUCUGUUUUUCAAACUAACGGGAUUAUCUGCUCAGCACCUGUUUGUGCAGUCAAACACUAUCAGAUUGGAGGUGCAGUAGCAGUUACACUCAGGAUAUGGGCAAUGCGGCAACGGCAAAAAAAGGGGACCCGGCGGAAAAUGUCAAAGAAUUCUUGGCCAGAGCCAAAGAGGAAUUUCAGAACAAAUGGGAUCACCCACCAGCAAGCACAUCAUGCUUAGACGACUUCGACAGAAUCAAAACUCUGGGCACUGGCUCGUUCGGCCGUGUCAUGCUAGUCCAGCACAAGGGCGAGAGCAGGAACUUCUACGCCAUGAAAAUCCUAGACAAACAGAAGGUUGUCAAGUUGAAACAAGUAGAACACACGCUUAACGAGAAAAAGAUUUUGCAAUCCAUCAAUUUUCCAUUUUUGGUGAAGCUAGAGUAUUCCUUUAAAGUAAAUUCCAUUGUUGAAUUGUACAUGGUUUUGGAGGAUGUACUAGGAGGAGAAAGCGAGCCGCAUUCCCGAUUUUACGCUGCACAAAUAGUGUUGGUCUUGGAAUACUUGCAUCACUUGGAUAUUAUGUACAGAGAUUUAAAACCUGAGAAUUUACUCAUAGAUUCCUACGGUUACCUAAAGGUGACGGAUUUCGGCUUUGCCAAGCGUGUUAAGGGCCGGACCUGGACACUGUGUGGCACCCCUGAGUACCUGGCCCCCGAGAUCAUCCUCAGCAAGGGUUACAACAAAGCUGUGGAUUGGUGGGCUUUGGGUGUCCUCAUUUAUGAAAUGGCUGCUGGAUAUCCCCCUUUCUUUGCUGACCAGCCCAUCCAGAUUUACGAGAAGAUCGUGUCAGGAAAGGUUCGCUUCCCGUCCCACUUCAGCUCGGACCUGAAGGACUUGCUACGCAACCUGCUGCAGGUGGACCUGACCAAACGUUUUGGCAACCUCAAAAACGGCGUCAACGACAUCAAGAACCACAAGUGGUUCUCCACCACCGACUGGAUCGCCAUCUACCAGAGGAAGGUUGAAGCUCCAUUUGUGCCCAAGACAAAGGGUGCCGGCGACACGGCCAACUUUGACGACUACGAGGAAGAGCCAUUACGCAUCUCGUCGACGGAGAAAUGUGCCAAAGAGUUUGCCGAUUUUUGAUAGCUGUGUAAUAACAACAACAACUGGACAAUGCUACAUCACUACCACAACCACCACCACCACCCCACCUCCAUCAUCACCACUAUUUUCAUCAUUACUACUAACAAACUGCGAGUGUGAGACGAGAGGAAGAAAGUGAAUAGUAAAAAAAAAGAGAGACACUUAGUCACAGUGCAGCCUGAAGUGAUAUUUUGGGUGG